AUGCCUGAGGGAAUAAGUCCCCAGGAAAUGACAGAGACAUUGAAUGUCCUAAUCAAUGACGGAUCAAGUGUAGGCGCUUAUACACUUGAUCUGAUUGCGCCUCCGAAUUUGACUUCGGAGAUCACUCAGUUGCCAAAGCUCGAACAUAAAAGGUUCUUGCGUGAUCUGCGUAGUGGCAAAGUCAAGCAGAUCUGCGUACUCGUCGCUGAAGACGAGUGUGUAGCCGACAUAAGGUCAGCAACAAUGCUUACUGAGAACAAGAGAGUUCUCAGUAGUUCAUCUACGGACGAGAUUGUCCUCGAUGAAAAGACACGAGUUGAGCGAUAUGACUCCCAAUCGUGGGAAUCGCUCAAGACAAAUCCUCUCUAUGAAGAUUUGGUUGAAUUCAAGGAUGUAUUCCCUGAAACUGUUCCGUGCGAGUUACCGAAGGAUAAAGGUAUUCGACACGAGGUCGAGCUUAAACCAGGCUCGAAGUACUGUGUCAUGAAGCAGUGGCCACUGCCUCGUGAACAAGUACUUGCGAUCGACAAGUUCUUUGCCGAUCGUUUAGCUGCGGGCCAUGUGAGGGAAUCAACUUCCCCACAUAGCUCUCCGACCUUCUGUGUGCGAAAAGAAACAGGAGGGUGGCGGAUAGUGCACGCGCUCAACAAAUUGAACGCUGCAACGGUACCGGCUCAGACGCCGAUACCGAGGAAGGACGUAAUCAUUGAUGGCAUGUCAAAGAGUACCAUCUUUUCGUCCAUGGAUUUGAUGGAUGGCUUCUAUCUAAUCCUUAUGCGAGAACGGGAUAUGCCCUAUACCGCAGUUAGCACGCCUAGCGGCAUGCUCUGGGAAUGGCUAGUAAUGCCACAAGGGCUCAGUAAUGCCCCUGCCACGUUCAACAGAUGUGUAUCACAUCUGUUGAGACCAGUACGAGAAUUCGCGCCGAGUUAUUUCGAUGACGUAUUCAUCCAUAGUCGGGCUAUGAAUGGAAAGUCGGACGUUGAGGUUCACAGGUACCACGUCCGACAGGUUCUUACAAUCAUUCAAAAGCAUCAAUUGUAUGCUAACCUCAAGAAGUGUAUAUUUGCAGCAAGCGAAAUACCACUUCUUGGGUGCAUCGUUGGUAAGAACGGUGUACGUCCUGAUCCCGAAAAGAUCAAGGCGAUCACCAACUGGCCUGUGCCGGUUGAUGUCAAAGGUCUUUAA